AUGAGGUUUGCGCUGCCUGUGCCUCUCCUGGUUCUGCUCUUGGUGCCCAGGGCUCAGACUGUGUGGCUGGGAAGGCUGGACCCCAAGCAGCUUCUUGGGCCCUGGUAUGUGCUGGCUGUGGCCUCUCGGGAAAAGGGCUUUGCACAAGGGAAGGUCUUGAGGAGCGUUGAAGGGGUCGUGGUAAGCCUGACUGCCGAGAACAAGCUGAAGAUGCUGGCCUCCCGGAGCGGGCAGGAAGGGUGCAGCCUGACUGUGGUGGAGUUGCUGAAGCAAGGCUCCGGAUGGGUGUUUGAGAAUCCUUCCCUGGGGGUGCUGGAGUACCGGGUACUGGGUACAAACUUCAAGGACUACGCCAUUGUCUUCACGCAGUUGGAAUUUGGGGAUGAGACCUUCAACACCGUGGAAUUGUACAGUCGGACCAAGGUGGCCAGUCCAGAGGCCACCAAGCUCUUCUCCAAGUGGAGCAGGGACCUGGGCUACCUGGCCCAGCAGCAGGCCAAGCUGCAGGAGGACUUCACCUGUGCCCACAAGGUUCUACAGGUGAGCUGCCCCUGGGGGCCUGGCUCAGGUCCUGUUGUCUCAGCAAUGACUGUGCUGGGGGAAGAAAUGGCACCUAAAGAUGUGUCCAUGCUGGUACCGAGCACCUGUGAUGAUGUCAUCACUGGUGUGGUUCAGUCUGAGCUGACGCUGACCCCUCCAGGUGUGCCUGAUCAGAUCACACCCAACUACAGACGAGAGUCGGAGAGAGACCACAUUGCUGACUUUGGAGACAGAGGCGUGGUCAGCCCCUGGGAGCUGGGAGAGACCAGAAAACAGCCUCCCAGACCCAAAAGGACCCAGCCCUACCCCAGCAGCUUGACUGGGACCCUGUGUCAGAGAGCUGAGAGAAAAGUGUGUUGUGACAACCGGUGUUCAUAG